AUGGCAUUAACUAAAACACCAGAUGCAAAUAAAAAUGAGUUAUAUAAAGAGGUGGCAACAAAAUGGCAUUCAAUAAAAAAAAAAAACAAUAAGGAUAUCGAAGCAAAAAUAAGAGAAUAUUUAAAUACUCCAGUACAAUUAUAUAAAAAACCAAUAGGUAAUAAUGCAGCAGUACAAAAGAAUAUUUUUGAAAAAAUUAAAAGUUUAGAAUCUGACUUAUCGGAAUUAGAACAAAUGAUCACAAUAACGACUAAUCUUCAAUGCCAUAACUCCCUUCGCUCUCAGAUAAUUGAAACUAAAAAGAAUAUUGCUGAAGAAGAAGAACAGCUUAAAAAACUCAAAAGAUAUGCAGCUAGCUAA